CGUCCCCAGCGCCCCCUGGCGCCGCGGAGGCCGCGGGAUUGUGGAGUCUGGCCCAGACGGGUUCCCCGUGGGCUGACAUCCUGUGCAGAGAGGGGAACUGGUGCGGGGAGCCGCCCUCAGCACCGCAGCGUCUGCUUGAGUGCGCUCUGGGAGCCCACGUUCUCAGGGAAGGAGCAAGUGUGUGGAGUCCAGGGCAGGAAAGCACAGGGACUAUGGUUCCUCGGAGGAGGGGCAAUUCACCCAGCCUCUUGGUCAAAGGCAGCUUCUCUCAGGAGGGGCUUCAGCCUGCCCACCAUGAAAGGACAAUUUUCAACCCGUCAAUGCUCUGAAAUUUCUCAAAGUGCUCUUAAAAUAGCUCUCUGUGCAGGGAUAGGCCUGCACAUAGGCCUGCUAUGGGCAUGGGAGCCUCACCUUUGGGCCCACAAGACCCUAGGCCUGACCUUCUGGAAAUGGGAAGUACACUGAGAGCUCUGCCUAAUUGCUUAAGAUUUUGGCUGCCAGGCAGCAGUGAUGUUUCUGCAGGUAUUGUCUUCUUUGCUCUCAGGUGCUGGGACAAAAUUGUAUUUCUUUCUUGUGGCAUAAGGGAUUCCUGCUUUAGUCCCCAGGCACCUGCUGUGGUCCCCUGGUGUCACUGCUGUUGUGGGAGCAUGACUUGUCAGGCCGUGUAGGCAAUAGAACAACACUUAACGCCGCGGGAGGUAGCCUCCAGUCUUCCGGAGAAAUUGCUUGUCUCAGCAGGUGGCAUCUAUGAGGUCUGAGAGGUAACAGGGACCAGAAGACCUCAAAAGAGUUUUCCCUGUGCAAUGAGGUUGGCUAGUUGCUAAAUAUACUGCAAUCAGACUGGUAGCUUGUGCACCCUGUAGGGCAGAUGAGGGCUCAGGGGAGAGUUAACUAAAGGACUAGUAGCCCUUGGUUGUCAGCUAGUCUUGGUGGUUGCCAUGACACGGAAGUUAGGGAGGGAAGUCCCAAAUACCUGCACCUGAGGUCUCUGGGGCCUCAGAUGGAAAGAUCAGAAUUCCCAGGGCUUCCGUGGCAGCCUGGACGUUGAGAGUGAGUGGAGAGAAACGUAUUUGGCUCUAACUGCUUGUCUGUCUUCAGGCUAAGGGCUCGACUUCUCUCUCAUUCCUCAUUCUGCCCUCCAGUCUUCUGAGACUUUUCCCCUUUGGCUCAGAAAAUCUUAGCUUGGAGACACUGUCCCCACAUUUUCCAACAGAAGAUAGAAACUCGGUUACUUUCAUCUCUCUCCAGAAGUCUGUGACAGAGAAGCUUCAGGUCUAUGUGGUAACGGUGCCCAAGGGUCUUGGGGCUUUUUUAUGCCCUUCCUGUCUGCAGUGGCUUAGAAAGAGGGAUCCUGUGUUCCUAGGACCAGGGCUGAAGUGGAGGUGGCCUCUCAUGGGCUUCCAGAGUAGGCAGGGCCCUUUGCGGACAGGCCUGCGGGCGGGACUGCUGCUGCUCUUUGGCUGGAUGACGCUUGCUCAGCGGACCUCUCUCUCAGGUACGGCACUCUCCUCUGUGACCGCUCCCCCCCUACGCCAGGUCCCCCACUCUUUCAGCGGAGUGUGGGCUCCUCUGGGGAGCUGGUGGGGAGAAAGGGAACCUGCCCUUCUGAAAAUGGCCGACCUCUUUCACUCAAAGAGGUGGGAAGACCAUUCCUGCCCGUCUCCAGCCCCCUUGCCCCUCCCUUCAGCGGUGGCCAACCACUUGUGCCAGGCCACCUGGGAUGCUGAUGGCGGCCACUAUCCCGGCUUCUUCUGUCCUCGGCUCUCCGAUACUCCGGAGGAAGCCUACUGCUGCCACCUGCAGGCUGCAGGGGGCUCCUGCUGCACCCGCGCUGAAUUUGAGGCCUUGUACCAGGUCAACUUGUCUACCCUUCCGUCCCCAGCCGUCUUCAGGGGCCCGGGCCCUCUGCUGGCGCUGGGCCUCUACAGCCUCCUGCUAGUGGCCCUGGUGACCGCAGACCUCGUGCACUUCUGCCGCAGCCGGGGAAGGGGCCGGGGCCCGAGCCGGCGGCCUCCCGCGGGGUCCUCCGCCGCGCGCCCCCUGCAGGUCUCGUCGGGAACACACUAGGCGCGCGGGGCCUUCGCGCCGCA